AUGCGCAAGCUAGAUCAGCAGUUCGGCAGAUGGUUAAGGAAGAGGCACAUUAGGGCCUUUUACAUUUCUGUUGCUGAUGCUAACAUCCGAGGGGGUACUCAAUCGUUGCUUCAAGUAUGCGGGCUUGGUCACUUGAAACCAAACGUCAUUCUUUUGGGUUUCAAAUCCAAUUGGUGUCAACACGGUACCGCACUAGAAGCUUUGCUUGACAUAAGCGACUACUUUGACACGAUCCAGGACGCUUUCAAUAUGAACAUGGCAGUGUGUGUAUUCCGGGAUGGAAAUUUGGGUUUCGAUUUUACCGAAGCUAUGAAGCGCCUCAAUGUAGGCGAUGUUGAACUUUUACAAGCGAAUUUGGAAGAAAGCGAAGGAAAAAAAGAGUAA